AUGGCUGUCGGGCCGCCUCCGUCCCCCGAAGUGUACCGGCCCAACGCCUACGUCUCGCUGCCCGCCGAGCUCGACCCCGACACCUACGAUGCGUCGCCGGAGAAGCGCCGCGCCGAGGCCGAGCGCCUGGCCAUCCGCGCCCGGCUCAAGCGGCAGUACCAGCUGCAGCUCAACAACCCCAAACCGCCCGCCGUCAUCGAAGACCCCGCCAUGAUCCGCUGGGUCUAUGCGAGGACGCACAACGUGUACCCUAAUUUCCGCCCAACCCCCAAGACGUCCUUCCUAGGAGCUGUUUGUGCGAUAGGCCCCAUCCUCUUCUGGAUCGCUGUCUUCAAACUUGACAGGGACCAUAAAGAGAAGCUUAUCAAAGAAGGUAAAUUCGAGCGGCCAUUCAGUGUAUUCUGAGUUCCUGGAAUUGCAGUGAUGUUCAUGGAAUAUAAAUAAAAUAAGAUAUAUUAUGUGC